AUGUUCAGUCGCCGGCCGCCGCUCAAUUGGCUCGCGAGGCCGCGGCCACGCCUGCCAACGCGGCAGGUCCGUCAGGCGCGCCUCCAGUCCUCGCAGUCUCCACAGGCAUCGCGCAUCGACCGCAUCACCUCCAGGCUCCCGAAGCGGCUUCAAAAGUACACCACCGGGCUUCGCAACGCGCCACUCUCGCACAUCGUCUCCUUUCUCAUCCUGCAUGAGCUCACAGCCAUUGUGCCCGUCGUCGCGCUCUUUGCGCUCUUCCACUACACCACGUACGUGCCGAUCUCGUACAUGACGGAGCAUUUCGGCGAGUACGUCCAAGGGGGCGUUGCCAGGUUUGAGAGAUACUUUAGCCGCAAGGGCUGGUUUGGCUUUGGGAAAGAGGACGCAGGGGCUGGUGCAGAGCAGGAUAAGGAAGCAGGGGGCAAAUCACACACCGACGAGGUGGUUGACAAGUGGAGGAGCGGCGACAGGAAGUACGAGAUCCUCAUGGAAGUGGCCCUCGCUUAUGCCGUCACCAAGGCACUGCUGCCCCUCCGAAUCAUAUUCAGCGUCUCGGCGACGCCCUGGUUUGCACGGGUGCUCAUGAGGACUAGAAACAUGCUCACGCGCAAGCCCUGA